CGUAUGUCAGGUCACCUCUCGGCUUCCGUAGACGUCGCUCCAGUGUGUGGGGACAGACGCGCAUCUCCGAACCUCCGGUCGAGUUCGAGCUGGAAACUAUGGAAGAGAUCAACAACGUCGAAGUGGUUCCGUGCACAGAGUCCGACUACCUGAAGCCGUUCCGGGUCCAUUACAACCAGAACGGCACAAAGAAGUCCUGGGACUUCAUGAGAACUCAUGACAGCGUAUCUGUGCUGAUCUUCAACACCACCUCACAUUGUUUUGUCCUCGUCAAGCAGUUUCGUCCUGCUGUGUACAUGUGUGAAUGGGAGAAGGCCAAGAAGCAGCCAAACGAGAAGACUGAAGAGGGAGGCGCAGCGGAAGCUGCCGAGGCCGCCACCGCCGCCGAGUCUCAGGAGGGUCAGCCCCCCUCAGAGGGGGAGAGCUCUUCUCAGGGCCCCCCGUUCUCCGCCGGGGUCACCUACGAACUCUGUGCUGGCCUGGUUGACAAAGCCGGCCUGUCGUUAGAGGAGAUCGCCCGGCAGGAGGUGCUGGAGGAGUGUGGCUACGAUGUGCCGGCUUCCAAGCUGAAGAGGAUUACUUCUUACAGGUCGGGCGUGGGGGUAACAGGCUCCAAACAGACCAUGUUUUACGCCGAAGUCUCCGACGACAACUGUGUGAGUGCCGGGGGCGGCGAGCCGCACGAGGGGGAGUUUAUCGAGGUGGUCAAGAUCCCGCUCCACGAGGCCAUGUCCUUCGCCUAUAACGAGCGCAUCCCCAAAACCAUGGGGGUUAUUUUUAGCUUCAUCUGGUUCCACAACAACAUGGCCCCAAAAUACAAGAUCUCCACCAACGUUUAACCAACUGCUACUCUUCAUGUCUUUCAGCUCCAAUCAAAUCACGCUCACACCCCAUGCUCAGCACUCUUCAUCCCAAAUUGCCUUUUUUGUCAUUUGGUACACAAUCAGCCCCUCUGUCUGAUUUUUUUCUCUCUCAAUAUUUCACCUGAAAACAAAUAAGCACUUUUAAUUAUUUUACUUCUUGUUGUUUACUUUGCCACCAAGCAGAAAUGAUCACAUAUCACUGGUUUUCUUUGUGAUCCUGGCCGUCAACCAUGUUUGUCUGGGAGAAAGUUUCUCUUUGGACCAUGAAAUUAUAUCAACAUCAAUCUUUUUUCUCAGAAUUCCAGAUUUAUUUAUCGUGGUUUGAAACCUCAGGAUGAACAGGGGGAGUGGUGUCAUUUCUAAGAUUUGUAUUUGUCCAUAAACAAUCAAAAAUGACCUGAAUAUGCACAGCUAGUACACACAACAUGUUUGCCUUUGGCGAGGUGACUCCAUGUCAACAGCGCAAAGUAGGGAGAUCUGUGGAGGUCGGCUUUACUUUGGCACAUGCAGUUUGGUUGAUGGUUCUGUACCAAGCUCCACCGCGAUACGAGCUCCGACGUUUGUGGAGUUUGUCACUGUGAGUCGUCACAACGAGUGGGACUUCACAAAGUGCAAUUCUUCCGCACUCAGAUUCCUAUUGUAGGGUUACUUGUCCUUUGGUUGACUCCACCAGAAGAUACGGGCCACAUGCACCGCUCGAGCCGUUUCCUCAUGACCAGAAAAACAAGAAAAAAAACCUAAGCUCUGCUUCUGAUGGAAGCUUUGAGAUUCAAGCCAAACACACUCGUGUCAUUUACUGUUAUGUCAAUACUGUUGGGAUGGAAAGUGCAAACACUGACUGCUGUGGACAUUUGGAAAAUUCAUUGACGCAUGUAUUUAUGAAAAUCAUUUGUUAAUAUAGACCUAUCACGUAAGUAGAGACCGACUUUCAAAAGCAAAAUUAGAUCCAUUAUUGUAUACAGUGGAAGUAGUAUCUAACUCCUGCUGUUAAUAAAGUAUUGGUUUUGCCUGCUGGCUUCAGGAGGUUUACUGGCUGAUAGAAUCACAGUGUUGGUGCCCGACACCGUUUACAGCUUUAAUUUAGCUACUUUAAAUAUAUGCAACUGGCCAAUUCACAAAAUGUCAAAAGAUAUACUUUAUGUUCUAGGUCUCACCAUUAGAAAACACUCCAUACAAACUUAUCAUCUAGUCAAUACAAACCUUAGAACAUUUUGACAAUUCAAGCCAAUCAAUCAGGAAUUUAAGAAAACUUAAAAAAAAAAAAAAACAUUUUUUGUAAUAAAUCAUCCAGAGAUGCAAAAACAAUAAUCAUUAGGAUGUUCAGGUUUCCUCCCAGAAUAAACUUUAACCCCCACCACAAAGUCAAAGCACAAUUUCAAACCCAAGCACCCAGAGUCCCACGCUUGAUGUCUUUUCUUUCACAUGGUAUUCCUGGCUGUUGUUUGUCGUCCGGCAUAGCUGUGAUGUUUGAAGGAAGCUCACAUAGUUGCUGGAACCUCAACAGGCAUUAAAAGGCUUUAAAAGUGAAGGCGAGUUUAACCGUACGUCGACGAUGCUCUGUUCACUCAAGUUAACACCGUUUAAAGAAACGUUGGGGUGCAUAAAUAAAACAAGCUAGGACCAUUUUGUGCUUAAGAAAAAUUGAGAUCCUUUAUUUCCAAAUCCUUUGGAUUGAGUUUUUCUGGCCUUCAAAUGACCGUAAGACUGGUUUGAAAUCAAAGUUCGGUCAGUUCACCAGAUGAACCCUGGAUGGGACAAGCAGGUAGGCCUUUAUUCAAAGGGUUUUUGGUUUUUCUUGGUCAGUUUGGCCUAAAACGUCCAACAUCACAUGAAAGUUAAACACCCACAAAAACUUUUUAUGCCUUCUUUUUAAAUUAUUUAUCCAAGGAAGCACCAUGGGGUCAAGUUUCUAUGACCCUAAUCAUACUACCUAAUACUCGCAAUUGUAUUCAAGGAGACGAGUGAUAAGUGUUAAAUCCUCUCUUCCUCCAACACCGAUCAAGUUUGUUUGUCCCAUUGUUCCCCAUUUUUUGAAAGAUUAUGUCAUAUAUCCUACAUAACAUACUGUAUGUAGAAGGCUUGAUGCUAUAUAAACUAAUUUGUUGUGUCUGAAUUCCUUCACUAUAUAUGGCAUUUGCCAUUUUGAUUGGGUCUGUAUCUAGAUCCAGCACCCUAGAAAUUUCCCAUUAGUCUGCGAAAAACUAAUGCGUACUAAAUUGACAAAUAAAGACCACAAUGCAUUGCGUUUGAGGAAUUUUGCCUCUGAAAAUUCUAGAUAAAUUAUUAUUGUUUUUUUUUUUAUAAUCAAAGUUUUUGCCAUCAGAACACAGUGGAUUCAUAUAUAGAUUUCAUAAGUGUUCAAAUUUAUUUUUUUUACUCUGGAAAUUUGGUGGCGUCAAAUUUAGCGUUUAAAAAAACAAAACUUGUUAGCGUGUGUCCAAAUUGCAUUAAAAUCCAGGACACUACGGCCCAAUCCGAAUUCUUCCCUUCUACCUUCCCUUCCAUUUGAAGGAGCAUUUUUAGUGCAAGUGUGUCCGGAUUUUUUUUUUUUUCUUCACGUGGGUGCAUUCUGGACCACAGGGGUUUACAUUUAAAUGUAAGUAAUGACUAUUUGUCGUAGCGUGACCUUUUGAAGUUAUAAAACCACUGUUAUUACGUAUAUUCACGCACUGGAAGCUAAUGCUAGCGGACUGCCGAUUAUUGGUGACGUCAUCGAACGAAAGUGACUUCUGAAUUAUGAGACAGUAUUUUUCCAUAACUCUCCGUUUGGAGGGCUAAAUGAAGGGCUAGGGAGAAGGGAAGAAGUGGGAUUGGGCCUAGAUGUCAGGCACUGAAGAGUCUUUUAGGGGUUAAGGAGAAGUGAAGUAAUUCUGACAGCUUUUGUCUGCCAAAUGAAACCACAUAAAACACACCUGAAUUAUUUGUCAAACUAAAGUUUCUUCUCUAGAGAUGCAAAUAAUCUUAUAAAGGCUAAAAAUAUCCUUUAAAACUCCAUGUAAAGAGAAUCCCACAAAUGGUUUGAAGGCAUGGACGUCUGCAGUUUGUAUUUUAUUAACAUUUGUUCUUCUGUCAGACACAUCUUAAGGAAAAAUGUUUCAUCUCAGAACUCAUCCUAUGAUCUCGCCUUCUUAGCAAACCCCUGCGUAGAGCGAAGACCUUAAGGAGUCCAUAAUAGCUGGUCCUGAUUGCUCAAAACCCCCAUCAGCAGCCAAAUCUCAGGUCCAACCACUUCAACCUUUUGUUUGUCUUCAGGAUUUGACGAUAACCAGCACAUUAGUGUAGGGAUUUUAAAGAAAAACUCACAUUCCAAAAGCACUUGGAGCCAAGUAGUAAAGUAACCACAAAAAAACAUCUUGUUCCUACUAAAUGUUGGUGUUUUUCUCUCCAUUGAAAAAGGGCUGCUAUUUGAUGCUUUCUAAAGAGAAAUAAGAUCCAGCAUCGGAAUUUUCUUUUAUAACAUUUGCAAAUCUUUAAAAAAAUCUUACUUUUUAGUUGAGUACAAGCAUUACUACUUCUGUAAAGUAUUAAAUAGAGAAGUUAAAGGCAGGUACAUUAACUAAAACCAUUCCCUUCAUCUUAUAAUAACUCAAGUCUAAACCAAACCUCAGACCAGCGAUCCCCAACCUUAUUCACGCCAUGAACUGCUUUUACGUCAAACAGGAUUUUUACAGACUGGUGUAGAAGCAACCCAUAGUGAGGUGCAUUGUGGGAGUUCCCCCUUUCUAUCACUGUUCUUCAGUAGUUCUUGUUAAGGCUAAGGUAAAUGAAGUAAGAAGUCGUUCUUUCCGUACUCCAUAGUGUGUAGGUUCUUGUGUUGUUGUGUGUUUUGAGUGUUGGAAGGUGGCCCAUGACUGUGAGGUGUGUGUGAGGGAGUCUGAUGGGGACCUCUGUCCUUAGUAACCAUGGUAUAGAAGCGUUUGUGGCUCAUUAUUCAAAAUUAAAGUCAAUACUGGAAAUGCUUUUUCAUUUUCACAAUGUAACUGCAUUACUUGUCUCUUAAAUAAAAUGAAAAAGCAAUCGUCCAAAUGGCUUUUUCUUCUUCAACACCGUUCAUUCUGUAACUUAAUUAAAAUGAUAAAGAAAAUAGCAUCUGAAAUUUCAUUUAGUCAGUUUGUACCAUAAUUCAAUUAGAAAUAUCAAAGUUGAAAAUGAAAAUGCAUAAACAGAAAUUUUAAACCUUCAACACUAGGAUACGUGUUUGUGAUGAUAGCGGGACCCUUGGAACUGCUAAGAAGUAUUUCCAGUACUGACUUUUACUUUGAAUUAUGAGUCACAAACAGUUCCGUAUCCAUGGUAGUGGUUGGGUCAAGAUUACUAUUUCAUAGCAAACCAGUAAAACUUUCAAAAACCACCACUGAAUUAACAUUGUCAUAUCAAAGCUGGUAUUUUGGGGAUUAUUUUUACCCAACGUUAUUUAUAGUGUUAGUAUAUUUGUCAGUACAGACAUUUACGUUUUCAGGAGGGAUUUCUGCCUAAACUUAGUACAAAUAUAUGCAUUUAUUACCAACUCUGAAGCCAUAUGGAGCUUUGCUGUCGUGUACGAAAAUAUUUUGCAUAAAUACUUUAAACCCUUUUGUUAUAAUAAUUCCCAGAGAAACACGAUGAGGAUUUGUGUCUUUGUUGCGAUAAGCAGCUAAACCAUCUCACUGAAUGAUAUCAGUGUAAAUAGUAACUUCCAUUGAAAACAUUGAGUUAAACUCUACAAUCUAUAAUAUGAAUAGAUUCACAACACAAAAACUCCUUAAUUUCUUUGAUUUUAGAAAAUCAAAAAGAGAACAUUACACACUGAAAUUACUUCUGUUUCAACUUCUACAUGAUUUUGCUCUUUAUGUUUAUGAUUUAUUCUAAUAUUCACCUUUUUGUUUAGUUUUUCUAAUUUAACAUUUGUUCAUUUUCAGUCCUCUAACAUAGAAAUAAAUAUUAGUGUCCUCAGUGAUCAAUAUGGUUUUAUUUUAAACAAAAAAGCUCAAAUGAUUUGAAAUAAAAACACAUAAAAAAGAUUUUAACAAAUCGACAAUCGACAGAAGGAAAUCACAAAAACAAUGCUAGAAUCGUGUACUUGAUUGGUUUUAUGAGAAUCUUUUAACGUCAAUGUGAAAUCUAUUGGAAGCCUGACAGAUAAUAUAUGUAUUUGCAAAAAAAAAAAGUUUCCACUGAAGUGACUUUUAUGGCUGGAUUUAGGAUUCUGAUACCGAAUUAUUAAAAGCUGAUCUGUUCAGACACAAAACGAGCUUUAGAUCUCUGCAGAAGCCAGUCUUUAAUGAAAACUGAUAACUUUCCAAUGAGCUCCAUGUUUUUCUAGAUUUCUAUCUUAAAGGCACUUUGACUUUAACUUUUGGUUAAGACGUUUCUAAUAUAAUGUGGUCUCCAAAAGAAUAAAGUAUUAAAACUAUUCUUGUUGCAAACAAAUAAAAGACGGACCGGUUAAAACAAAAAUUAUAUUUCUACAAAGUUUUCUUAAAUGUGGGUCACAGUUUAAUAAAAACCUUCAUUGAACCAAUCUGACUGGUAAUUUGUUUAGAUAUCCACAUUUUUUACUUUUGAUUUAGCUUGAAUAAAUGUGACGAAUGAAAAAGCCAUUUGAAGUUAAAGGUCAGUGUGUAACUUUAUGUGCCUGUCAAACGUGGGAAACCGCAGUUCUCUCUGAGCCAUGUGAGGCAAACCUUACGUUAGAGUUAUCACGUCGUUGUCAUCUAGUCUUUUUGUAACUACUGACGGACCUGAUGCAGCAUCACCACUAACUUUAGGAGGGGAAAAAGUGCCAUCGAUUACAAAAGGCAGCUACAAAUUGAGGAGGUAAAAGUGCAAUAUCAUGUUCUUACAUUUAGAUGUUGGUAGAAAACAAAAAAAAAAACAUGCACUUUUCUUUACGGAACUUCAAGUUUAACCUGUUCAGCCAGCUACUCCCAAAAAAAAUGAAAAAAGAAAAAAAAAACAGCCGUUACACUUAAAGAGGAAAUUGAAAGUUUGGUUUGGCUAGUGUUUCAGUGUGAUAACAUUGACGCUCACAGAUCUAUGUCUGAUUUACAGUUGAGAAGUUUUUAUUUGGAAUUAGAAUGGUUCAGAUUUGGACGGUGCAUGCAGGGGGAAGCUAACAACAACAAUGUAGGUCAUCCAGUAUUUCUGCUUGGCUUUAGUGCUUCGUAUAAACAAAGCUUUUAAUGUUGUUUGAGAGAAGAUUGUGAGGAUAAAACAAGAAUUCAGGCGCUUUCCUAUUGUUGUAAUGACAUUUUUCUAUGGACGUACAACCAACGGGGCCCCAGAAAUAUCCGGCUUAAUAGAUCCAUUUUGUAAUGGAGACGCUCUAAACACCAGACCGGACAGUACCAUACCGCUCAGUGGAAAUGAACUUUAUGGUUCAUUUGGAAGUUGGAACUGUAAGUCAUUUUUUGUGUAAAUAAACAUUUUUAAAAGUGCUCAAGAUUCUUGCUUAACGCUACGUUCACACUGGACGCGGAAACGGCGCAAAGCGGCGGGGAGUGGCAUCCGAUCUCUCCGUCAAUUCAAAGCUCACUAGCUCAAUACGACGGGGCUUGAUACAAUGGAGCUUGCUAGCUCGCUACACCAGAGCUUGCUAGCUCGGUACAGUGGAGCUCGCUACAGCGGAGAUCGCUAGCUUGCUUAAGCAAAGCUCGCUAGCUCGGUACAACAGAGCUCGUUAGGUCAAUAAAGCGGAACUCGCUAGUUUGCUACAUAAGAGCUUCCUAGCUCGCUACAGCAGAAAUCGCUAGCUCGCUACAGCAAAGCUCGCUACACCAGAGCUUGCUAGCUUGAUACAGCGGAGCUCACUACAGCAGAGAUCGCUAGAGCGAAGAUCGCUAGCACACUACAGCAGAGCUCACAAGCUUGAUAAAGCGGAGCUCGCUAGCAUGCUCCGCCGUCCACAGGCUUGUUAGCGUAGUAAGCCAACCACUGAGUAGUAGAGCAGACGUGGAGACGAUCCGCGGCUGGUGUGAACCACACUAUAGGUUAAUAAGGGCGCUGAAUAGAGGCGGCCUCCAUUCCGCGGCCAGUGUAAACUAGGAGUAGGAAUAUUCUGUUUAACCCUUUAACACCUGAGGCGCUUUAAUAUACUGUAACCACUGGGAACACAAUCCUUCAGAAUCUACUGGAAUGACAUUGAUCGUGCUAACAAUUCAAAAAUUCAGGUAAAUCAAAGAACAUAAACACUGGAGCUCCAAUGUUAAAGACUUAACUUUCAUUUAUCUGCUGCCAAAGUUGUUAGUAAUGUCGUUUUAAAACCAGGCGUGACACCAUAAGCACAUAAAAACAGGAUACGAAUAUCAUUAGAAUGAGUAACUGAUAAAUAUAAAGAGAUGAGCAAAUAUUCUAAAAGUACCAAUUCUGUGAGUUCUCCCUUUAGACAAAAGCACUUUGGAGAUGUGAGAGAGGUUGCAGACUGAGCCACAGAUAAGCCAUAUGUAUGCUGGUAUGAAAUAGUUCAAUGUUUUUCUUUUCCACUCUGGACUUUGCUGGAUCUUAACGUCGAUGUUGCAGUUCUACCUCCAUCACUCAGGCUUCGAAGGCGCUGUUGGCAUGUUUGAUUCCCAACGACAAGGUUUAGCACACUGCAGCUGACUUCUAACCACGGUUUUCUAGAUGUAUUCCAAUGGCUUUGCUGUGGUCGCUUCUUCACCUGUGAUGACUUUUUCGUUCACUUUGUUGAUAAUACGUGACCAUUUUUUUUACUGUGGUUUAAUGAUCUGAGCAACUUUUAAGGAAGACAUUGUUUAGAGGUGCAAUGUGUAGUAUUUUCUAUUGCUUGGAUGUGGCAUUGUGGGUUUCAGAGGUUCUUGAUUUCUUUCAAGAGUCCUGAAAAAGAUCUGAAAUCAAAAAUUGAUCUAUUGCUUUUGUUUUUUAAUAAGCAGAAGCCACAUCUAAGGAAGCAUCAGCUUCUCAGUGCUACAUUUAACCUGUGGUUGUGUCAUUUUCAUUGGAAAUCCUACACAAAGUACCUUGAAGUGAAAACAUUUUGCAGAUGAUGUUGGUCUAAUUGUGAUUUUAUUUUCUUCAAGUAUUUCACUGAAAUUGUGUUUUUAAAAAAAUAUUUUUAGAAACUUACAUGGAUGAACAUAGCAGAUACAUUAAUUAUGUAUUUUAUGCUUUAUUAAAAGUGUGUUUACAUUGUGGGCAGUGUGUUUGGUAAUGUUUCAGUUCUGUUAAUUUAUUACCUAAAUGUUGGGAUAUUUAACUUUCAAUACAGAUCACUUGGUACAAACAUACAGCAUAUAUUUAAACAUGCAUGUGCACUAACUGUUGGAUUAUUCCGCAUUCAGUUGAAAUAAAAAUGUUUCAUGCCCAAAAA